AUUUAGGACUGAUUUAUGACAGUUUCUAACCACACCUGCAGGAACACUGUGAGUUUUAGUAACACUUUAGUAGGAUAUUUUAAACCAUGUAAAUGUAAAUCAAUACAUUUUUCUCGACUACUCGACGCACUGAAGAGCCCCUGUGGGAAAUCAGGAUAACUGCACUGUGGGCUGUGAAUCCUUUACAGAUUAUUCCCAAGCCGCAUGCUACCAUACUUCCACACUAAUUUACCCUGUAGUGCCAUAGACUGCUAUUCUGACAUAAGCCAGCUUACUAUUUAGUACAGUACAUAGCAGGCUGUGUGAUUUGGGACGUAGCCAAGAUUGGAUGUAGACACUGGAUUAGGCUCCGUCCCUGCUCUUACCCACGUCAGCAUAAUUUCGCGCAGCGGUGUGGGGAAUGAGAUUGGAGCUUUUGUGUCUUGUCUCGGGAUCAGAUGAGUGCUGCUGAUCGCGUGGCUGCUGGAACACUCCGCUGUGAGAAAGGCGCGCGCCGCUGUCAGAUUCCUGCACUAUUAUAAGCAUCCUAUGGUCUUCUGCACAAGAUGGCGGAGCCGAGCACGGAAAAGGACGCGAUAACAACCGAGGAUGAUCAUCUUAACAAUUCAUUAGGAGACGCCGGCUUGAUCUCCCCUGACAAAGAGGAUAUCUCACGAAUCCUGACAGUGCCGUUCAAAGGCCGGAUCAGAGGAGGGAUGAGGCCUGGUAAGAAAAUCAUAGUCAUGGGCAUCGUGGAUGCAGAGCCAGACAGCUUUGACGUCAGUCUAACCUGUAGCUGCAACACGCAGAAGGAUGAGGAGGAGGUCACAGAUGUGGCCCUGAAACUUAGUGCCCGAUUUGCUGAACGGCAGUUCUUGCGGAAUGCAAGGGUUUCUGGGAAAUGGAGUGAAGAGGAGACAGCCAUUCCAUACUUCCCCUUCAUCCAGGACCAGCCGUUCAGGAUUGAGAUCCAUUGUGAACACCAGCGCUUUAGGAUCUUUGUCGAUGGACAUCAGCUGUUUGACUUUUAUCACAAAGUGAAGUCUUUGCUGACCAUUGAUAUGAUCAGGAUAAAUGGAAGUCUGCAGAUCACCAAGCUAGGUUAAUCCAGCACACGGAGCACGUUCCAGAGAGGACUUCUGACAGGUGACCAAACCCACCUUUGUCUGGUGAUAUUUUUGAAGGCCUGAGAGGUUCUGCUCCAUCAAACACAUCAUGACUACUUACAUUCCUUCACUCUGUUCUUUCCUUUUUUCUUUUUCCUGUAUCCCAUUUUCUAGCUGCACAUCUUUAUAGGCUGAGAUGCAACGUGUGAAUCUUUGCACUGUCAGAUAUUUGUCUCUUUAGGUGUUUAUUAAAUUAAACAAGCCUUGUUGUGUUGACUGCUUAAGGGACCCUGUGUAAUUGCUCAAUAUGGUACUGCCUGUUCCUGCAUAAUGUUGGAUUGACGCUAUUGAAAAAAUUUAAGAUACUCUGGAAAUUACUGGAAAUUAUAUAUAUAUAUAUAUAUAUAUAUAUAUAUAUAUAUAUAUAUAUAUAUAUAUAUAUAUAUAUAUAUAUAUAUAAACAGGUACACCUGAACAGAGUUGCACAGUUGCAAAUACAAUUUUUGAAUUACUACAGCCAAAGGCUUACACAAGCUAAGAAUUUCAUGUAUUACCUGUCUCAGUGAUUACAGUUUUAAUAACAGGCAGCAAUGAGUAUAGAAGUAUUUAUUACUGACAACAUGAAUAACUACUGUUUAUUGCAACCUUUCUUUUUUCUGAGAUAAACAUCUUGCACUGACUUAAUGUAGAAUGUAGUACAUUGUGAAAUAGUUAGGUGUUUUAUUACUAUCAUUGGAAAUGAUGGCAGAAGUAAUUAGUUUACAACAAGCCAUUGCAAAUCUUAAUGAGCAGCCAAUGACCUCCUAACUGAAAAUCGUAGGACAGGAUUUUUGGUCAAAUAGCCCUUUUCACUGUUUUUUUUUUUUUUUUUUUUAAAGUAAUGUGUUGUACAUUGUACAUUUAUCUUGAAAAAAAUCAGCUGAUGUUUACAACCUCUCUUAUUUGAGCUUAGUGAUAAUAAUAAUGAUUGUAGUUAAAUAAAUUCUUCUUGGAAUGUAACAUGAUCCAUGCUGAUAACUUGGCUAAUAGGGAGGAAGAAGAAGAUGAAGAUGAAGGAAGCUCAGCUAUCAAUUAUCUUGACUAACAUAUGUUGUUCACCUAAAUCCUUGUGUCAUUCCUUACAAAGCUACUUCCUGGACUUUAUGGUUAAGGGAUGGCCUUCUCUCAUGUGUCCUAUAUUUCUGUCAUAUAUUCAAGAUGUCUUUGUGAUUUCCUGCCUCUUCCUAGAACUUCUAGUACAAUUUUGGUUUUCCCCCAGAUGGAAGGGCAUAUGUUCACACAACUGUUUCCUUACCUUGCACCUGCUUACAUAUAGUUGGAACAUGAAAAUUAUGGUGAUUAUUAUUAGCACCAUUUGUGAGUCAUUAAUUACAUCUCAUAACCCCAAGCACUCUCUGAGUCCCAUGUCUUGCUAUGCAGAAGUGCAAAAGGACAGUAUUUGUGUCUCUUUCCAGGUCUGUGCGAGUGUAAAAGUUGAUGUCUUAAUUAUACUUUCUGUAUUGGGAUUUUACUCAAGUCUUUCAUUAAGUAUUUUAACCAGGCUCUGUUAUGUCUUUAUUUAAGUGGCUACAGGAAUUUGAAAUACCCACAUGACUGGAGUAAAAGAUGAAAUAAUUAAGCUCAUUAAGCUCUGAUGUCACAUUCUUGAAACCGAUUGGCACUCUGAACUAAAUGAAUUUCAACAGCAGAGAACAGAAUAAGCACCAGACUCUGAGAUCUCACAAGCCAGAGGACUUGAUACAGCCAUUAUCCAACUGCACUUACAUUGAUUAUAUCCACUUGGAAUAUUGUAUUUUUGGUUUAUUCGCAGGUUUUACCCUGCAGGUGCUUAAAACUCUACAUAUUAAAUCAAAGAUGCUGUUUUAAAAAGUAAUGUAGCAUGUUUAAUUGUUGCUCUGCAUUUGCUUUAGACACCUUAAAGAAAAUAUUUUGCAGAGCUACCAGUCAUUUAGCAAUAUGAGAAUACGGCCAUUGUUCAGGCCACACUUUUGAUUUUCUUUUUAAUAGCUAUUUAAAUAUCGCUCUUCCAGAAGCAGAUUCUGAUAUGAAACUGCAACAUUGAAGAUCGACAUGUUGUCUCUUUCAUUUGGAAACUUCCUCUCUGACAGUAGAGUUAUGGUUUCUGUUGUUCCAUGUUAUUUUCCCGACUGUCUUUAGAGAUGUCUAUGUAGCCAGACCCCAGUAUAUAUUCUUUCCUCUUAAAGUAUGGAUGAAUUUUAGAUGCUGACAGCUUGGUGUCUUAUAGAAGGCAUUUAUAUAUAGUUAAAUUAUAGUAGUGAAUUUGAUUACAUUUUUUAUUUGAUUAUGAGUCCAAUGCAGGGAAUUCCAUCAUGGAUAAAAUAUAUCUAAAACAUCUGUGGAACAACUGAUGGUCAGGAAAGUUUUUUAAUAAUCAAUACAAUAUCACAUUUCUAAAGCCAACACCAUGCGCCUAAAAUGUAUUGUGGUCGUAAUUGUCGUUUAUGUUGUGAGUUUCCAUCUGGUGCUGUUUAUUUUGCUGCUUGAACAACUCCUAGAGCAAAGGGGAGGGAGCAAGCUGACCUGAGAACCCAGAUUUACAAGCAUUCACUGUACAGUCACUGUAACUGACCUUCUUUCCCCCAUUCAUCAAAAUUUGGAUCUAAUGCGAAAAGUCAGGCUCCUUAUGAUCCUGAUUAGUCUCUAGGGUCUACAGAUACUCCGUGCUUAAUGUUACAUUGUUUUUCAACUGUAAUUUGAAAAACUCUUAGACCAGAUUCAAAUGGAUUUGAAUUGGAUGACAUUGUCACGGGCUGUACACUAUUAUGUUUACGACUUUGGAUGUAUAUUAUUUUGAUCAGGGUUUAUUUUCUAUGUAAUGUCACUAAAAGAGUGAUUGUGUGUGAGAUAUUUAAUCCAACUGUUCCUAGCUUAAGCCAUUACACUUCCAUAGCUUUCUUUAUCCUUGCAUAGCAUGAUAAGAAUUUUUUUUAUCUGGGAAUUUGUAGUUUGGCAUAUCACUACUGUGAUAAAGAGUCUAAAGUGUCAGUUGUUUGGUUUGGGGAUUAUUUCACAUGUAUCAGUCGCCUAUUACACAGAGCUAGCUUGUGGGGUCAGUCAUGUUAAUUGUGGUUGUAUAAUCAAUUGAAAGGGUUAAUCAAAAAUCCGAAGUGUAUACAUUGGCUCUUUUCUGUUUCUGUAGUUGCAUUUUAAUUUAAAGAUGUGCCUGUGGAAUAAUGGCUUUGGCAUUUGAAAUCAACAUUUUACCAAAAUCUUUCACUGAUUGAUUAGAAUUUCUUUAGCACUUUCCAAACUGAGCUUAGAAUGUGUGAGAGACUACUCUGAACUUCUGUAAUGUAAAAGCAUUUUUAUAAUGUAUGAGCGGCUAUUGUUAGAAUGUCAAAUAAAACCACACAAAACACCUGACUAAGCAAUACAUAUUUGCCCUUUCCUGAUAUUCACUACAAAAUAAACGUUUCAAUGACUGAAA